AAAUCACUUUUUAUAUGUGCCUUGCUAUUAGGUUUGAGUGUAGCAUCACUCUCAGAAGAAGGUGAAGUUAUAGCCAAAUUGACAUAAUUGGAACAAAGUGAAUUUGGUCGUUAUUUGAUUCACACAAUAUAACUGGAGAUGGAAACAUCUGACAGUUUAGACCACUUAAUCAAUGUGCUCGAAAAGUUAGAAGGACGUUACUAAGAUGAUUAAAAGGAGGAUGAUGCAAACAAUAGACUCUAUCAGGAUUAAUGUGACUCAGACAUUGGUUAACUUGAUAAAGACAUUGCCAAUAGCUAAUAUUCAAUUUUACAACUUGAGGCAAAACUAGAAGGCAAUCUCAUUCCUGCCAAAUCAAUCCAAUAAGGUGUUGAAAAGGCUAAAUUGGCAGAAAUUAAACGUAAAUAUUCCCCCUUUAAUUUUAGAAUACACCCAAGAAAUAUAAGAACUUGAUGAGGAGAGACAAGAACAAAAUGAAGUUUAUGAAGCCAAAAUUGCAGAACAUUUUGAAGCCUCCAAAAUCAUCAGAGAAGCUUAAGCCAUUAUUAAGGAUGGACUCUAAAGACCCUCCUUGGCAGAAGUGAAGAAGAAUGGCAAAAAUGUUCUUAGAAUAGCUCCCAACAUUUUAGCUUAAGUAUCUUCAAGUUUGGGUGGAUCAAUCAAUAAGAUCAGGUAGACUCACAGAUUUACUAAAGCUUAUGCAAGCAUCUUCAAGGUGUUGUUAACAAUUAUGAAUAAAUCUGAAUCUACUGCUGACGAAGGUUCUGUUGAAAAGUAUUUUAAUACAUUUAUAUUGAACACUCUAGAAUAAUUCAACUCUGCAGUGAUUUAUUGGCCAAGAUUGAUGACAGUACUAACUUAGAAAGAUUUGCUGAAGACAAGAGAGUUUAGGCCUAUGAAAAACACAAGCAUUUAUUAAAUAGAGAUUUAUAAUCAGCUUAAUCUAUUUUAGCCAAUACUUAGGCAACUUUAUAAAGGUUAUUCUCAUUUUAAUAUAUUUAGUUUGAACGAUUAAAUUUAAUAAGCCUAAAACUCCAUUGCCACCAUAUAAUAAAGAUUAGAUUAUUAUUAAGAUACUAGAUAAUAAAGAUAUGCUGAAUGCGAGGAGGCUGCCUAUGAUUAUCAAUAGGCUAGAAGUGCCAGAGAUAACAAUAAACAAUUAGUAUCCGACUUAAUUGGUUUAGUCAAUAAACAUCUAAGAGUUCUCAGAGAACAAUUAGCACUUAGAGUUGCAGCUGGUGAUAAUAUAUGA